GUACUCUGCUUCGGUUCUGUAGUAUUCUUGUGCAGGCUCCCCUCUUGCCCAAGUGGGGGAGCUUGAUGCUCUUUUAACAGGACUUCCGUCGCGGAACCCAUUCGGGACACUUCAGGGUCUCUCUUGAACGCCCCGUUGAGGGACAUGCACUGACUAGAUCUGCCAGGGGGAAAGCUGGAGGGCCGGACGGCCCUCUUUUUGGGAGCGGCGAGAAGCUCCAGCAUGUGCAGCGCCGAGAUACCCGCUGAAGCUCCUCGCUGCUCCGGGAAGAGGGCGCCUCAUCGUAACCCUGGAUCGUCCACGGCAAGCUUCCAGGCAACGGCCGGAGGAGACACUGGGGGAAACGGUGGCCGUGCCACAAGCAGGCGAGGCGGCCUCACGUGAACGGAACGGGAGUAAAGUGACCAGAGCCAGCAGCGGUUGGCCCCGCCAGAGCUCAAAACCGUUAAGCGUUGGCUUCCGUUGGCUAGAACGCUUCGCUCGCUCCGAGUCAGGGACUGGUCCGCGGCGGCGGCGGCGGCAGCAGUAGCCUCAGCAGCAGGUGUCUUGUCCGGUCUCCGCUGCUGCUCCAGCGGACUUCAGCCUUGACGGAGUCUGGAGAGGCGCGAGAAGAGGCCCCCGCGUGCACCCGCCCGCCUGCCUGCCUGCCAGUGUGCGCUCCUGCCGGGCGCCUCUGGGCUGGGAGGAGCAGCAGCUGUCUUGAGUCGUCCUCCUCUUCUUCCUGAUUGAAUAUUUGCAGAAUGGCAUCGGAGACAGAUGACUCAUCAGCCAGGUCUAGCCCAAACAGGCUGCAUCAGCCAACAUCAGCUGAUGCAUCUCCAGACUCUACGUGUCCAAUCUGCUUGGACCAGUUUGAAGAUGUGGCUUCCUUAGACAGUUGUCGCCAUAGAUUUUGCUUUCGAUGUGUACAGGAGUGGUCCAACACCAAAGCAGAAUGUCCACUCUGCAAACAGUGUUUUCAGACAAUCCUGCACAGUCUGAGUGCUGAAGAUUACUAUGAGGAAUAUAUAGUAAGGCCUUCAGGUGAUGAUGCUUAUUUUCUUCCUCAUGGGAGGAGAUUCUAUUACGAGACUACACUGAGGGAACCUUCCUCAUCUAGAACUUUUAGGACAGCGUUUCCUCCGGAUGAAGGGGUAUUGUUUGAAGGGCUGUUGAGCCAGCCAGCCAGGCUUAGAGAUUCAGAGAUGCAUCCGAUAAUCAGAUGCCUUGUGUCAAGGCACCAGUCUGGCGUGGAACGCCUAUCUCUUAGAAGGAUUCUACAACAGGGUAUAAUUAACUACCGAAGAGCUCUAUAUCGCUCUGGUAUCCGAGUUAGAAACAAUCCAGGUGAAGGACCCUAUAGAGUUAUCUCAGCCGGAUAUUUCCGCAGCAAUCCUGCCAGGCUUUACAGGCUAAUCCCGUGGGUAAAACGUGAACUUACUGUUUUGUAUGGUGCUCGUGAAUCACUAGUCGCUACUGUAACACGUGCUAUCAUGAGCACUGUAGCUAGAAUUGAAAUGGAGAGCGAGGCAUUCACUGAAUAUUUAAAACCUUUCUUGUUGCAUUGCACAGAACACUUUAUCCACGAAUUCAUCAGCUUUGCCAGUGGCCCUUGUGAUAUAGAUUCAUAUGAUAAGUAUGCCAAUUAUGAUUGUCCUGCUCCUUCAUAUGAAGAAAGAAGACCACCUGAACCCUCCAUUAUUACGAUCUCUCCAAAUGAGGCAGAUUCCCAACAACCAGAUCGUAAUGCUUUCACAGUUGGUAUUGGUCAGGCACCUUGGGAUGAUAAAACAUCAGGCCCUUCUCACUCCAGGUCAGAGCAGGUUUGUGCUACUAUAUCUGCUGCUUUGGACACUUUGGAAAGCUCUGAUGAAGAGCACUUUGAAAACACAAUUGAGCCUCCAAGAAAGUUACCGGCAAGCGCGGAGACCAAUGCUGUCAGUGGCCAUUCCUCUCACAACUGUGUUAGUGUUGGCAACGUGAAACCAGUAGCAGAGAGAACUCCUGGACCUUUUGAGUUAUCUUCAUACUCUAAGGCAUCAGCUGAGGGGGGCAAAAGUGAAGAAAUGACGCAAGUACAGCCCAUCCAGUGUCAUCUUUUUAGCAAUACCAAGGCUAGUGGAUCCACAUCAGAAUUCUCUGUAGGGUCCAGGGCUGACAGAUACAGUUAUAAGUCACUCUCAAAUCAAUUGAAACCCAAAGGGAGAGAACAGGACCACACUUUGUCAAAAAGUUCACCUACAAAAAGAGAUAAUGAUGAUGAUGGCUACAGAUUAUCUAGAAAAAGGCAAUCUGAUGUGCAAGAUUCUCACAGUAGAGAGAGGCAUGGCCUGAAAAGAAAGAGAACACAUCAUAACAGGGAAAAGCAAAAAAGGAAGAAGGAUUGCAGCAGACACAAACAUAGGAAGGACAAAAAGAAAUCAAGAACCAGAGAUAAGAGUCUGUCUCGAAAAAGUCAAACACACUCUCCAAGUAGUGAGAGUGUUAUGUCUAGAGAUCAAAGCAGAUCAAGAGCCCACAGUGAAACACAGAUUCAACACAAAAAGAGGAAGAAAAGGUCGAGAAGCCCAGCUGUGGAGGAUCUUUCUGAAGGAAAAGCCACCGAUGCAAGACACCACAAAAAGAAGAGGAAAAGGGAGAGAGAAACCAAAAAAAGCCACACAGGCAGCCCUCCAUUUUCCUCUCCAGUUGUAACCACAAUAGACAGUGACAGUGGCAAAGACACUAAAAUCCAAGAAAGUAUUGAGUGUGAUAGUAUAUAGUAUAUAGUAUAUAUAUGACCAAGCCAUAAUGGAGUAAAUUAGUCCUUACAAACUUGAGACCCAUUGCUUUUAGUGUAACCGGAAAGUAGACCAAUUUGUAAAUAAAUGGGUUUUGUUUAUUAAUUAUUGGAAUAGUAAUGUUAGCAGUCAGAUCCACAUUUAUAUAACAUGUUGUACUCCAUGAUUUAAUGUAUGUUUUCUUUCUUUUUUCUUCUGAAGAUGUAUGAGAUUCUUUUUAUCGUGUGAAUUUUGUAAAUAUUGUCACUAUGAAAUAAAUUAUAGAUAUUUUUUAAAUAUAUAAAAUAUAUUUGAAAUAAAUGGAGAAUUCAA